AUGUCGACCCCGAUGACCAAAACAACUUUUGCGAUUGUCGGCACUGGUUUAAUCGCCGUUGUGGACCCUGCACCAGCCGGAAUUCGAUUGGCAGCCGAGCUUAACGUAGCAUACUACGCUUCCGUUGAUGAUCUCUUACGGUCACCUCACGUGCCUCAAGCCGCAAUCAUAUGCACGCCCAACCACACACAUGUCGCUGUUUCCAAGCAAUUGUCUUCCGCAGGCGUCCAUGUGCUCAUAGAGAAGCCCAUCAGUACUGACAUCUCAAGUGGGAAUGAGCUUCUGACCCAUCUCCGGACAACCGAAGUCAAGUCGCUCGUGGGGCACCAUCGGCGGUUCAACCCUUACAUUAUCAGCACAAAGAAAGUCAUCGACACGGGGUCUCUGGGCAGGGUUGUCGCGAUCAACGGAUUGUGGACAACUUAUAAGCCGGAGGACUACUUCGAAGCCCCGACCGAAUGGAGGAAGGGGAAGGACGGAGGAGUCAUCCUGAUCAACGUCAUCCACGAGGUUGAUCUUUUGCACCAUCUCUUGGGUCCGAUAACGAGGGUUCACGGAGAAAAGACGACUUCCGAGCGAGACCAUGAGGCGGAAGAGGGCGCGGCUCUGACACUCCGGUUCAAGUCCGGGGUGGUUGGAACGUUUCUCAUCUCGGACAAUGUCCCGUCGCCUUACAGUUUUGAAGCGGGGACUGGCGAAAACCCUCUGAUCCCCAAAACAGGACAGAACUUUUACCAAGUGUUUGGUACGGAGGGGACGCUAAGCGUACCCGACAUGUCGAUUUGGUCGUACAAAGGCACGAGCAAAAAAUCAUGGCAUUCCGAGCUAGGACGGGAGAAGGCCCCGGUGGAUGACGCAAUCCCAUUCGAGCUGCAGCUUGCGCAUUUCUGUCGGGUGAUUGCUGGCGAAGAGUCACCCAGCUGCUCGACGCAGGCCGGUCUUGCUGCGUUGAUUGUUUGCCAAGCUAUCAGGGAGGCAUUGGAGGGAAACACCACUGUGGAGAUUCCAGACUAUGAGCUGUGA